AUGGCCGCGAAGUACGAUCGCGUUAAGAAAUACGAUGUCGUGGAAAUUUCGAAGCGAGACGUCUAUAAAGAGUGGUCGAGCAGUUCGGAGAGCAAGGUGAACAAACAGGUUGCACAUUUCCCUGCGAAAUUGAAAACUUUGCCUCGAACAAAAUGGCGCAAGGACAAGGCUAUGGCCGACUUAAAGACCGCGUUGCCCGAUAUAAGUCCCAGACAAGUGAGAAGAUUUUACAUACCGUAUCACGAGGCGAUUCUUCUCGAACUCGAGGAAGAAAACUACCGAGAAGCGGCCCGCCGCAUGAAACAGUUUUUGAAACUGGACGAAAAGAUCGGCGAACAAUCGCCUGUUAGCCUGAUGAGGAAGAAACCGUACUUGAAGGAUCGAAAGGAUCUCGUGGAUCGUUUGAAGAGCGGAUUGAUCGCGUUCGAGGAAGCUGGAGGGGAAGGCGAUCGCGUAGCCCAAGCAACGUCACUGUUGAACACCGCUCUGUUCUUCCAGUCGAACACUUGGGAAUGGUGGUGGAUAGCGGAGCGUUUGUACCAAUCUGCUCUCGCGACUGCUGAAACUAUCAAAGACGACGAUCGUCGCACGAUCACCUUCACGCGUUACCUAUACGGUCGAUUCCUCUUUAACGAAAUGCAGAAACCGAAGGAGGCGCUAAUUUAUCUGAACGAGGCGCGCGAAGCGUCCAAGAAGAAAACGUGGAACGCGUCGAAGAAACUGGGGGAGAAACAGGGUUCCAUUUUCAGGGAAUGCAACGUUCUUCAGUACAAGGCACUGUUGAUUCUCGCGCGAAAGGAACGACCCGAGAACCCCGAGUGGGCCAUGAAAGCUUGCACGGAAGCUUUGGAAAGAGCCACGGACUCUGCCAACGACGAGUACGUGAACGAGGCCCUUUACGAGCUCGGGAAAAGUUACGUUGCGAUGAACGAUAUCAAACACGCGUUACAUUGUUUCUCGAAGUUGUUGGCCCUGGCGAGACGGAUUUCGGACGCUGAAGGCGUUUGCAACGCGCACACGGAACUAGCAUUUGCGUACAAGCGAUUGGACGACAACGCUUACACGGAGAAACAUUUGCGUUUGUUUCGCGAGAACGCUGAACAAUUCGGGCUCUUCGAGAAGCUCGCCGACGCGCAUUACUACACCGGUGAACAUUAUUUGAGUCAGGGAAGUUUGAACCUUUCUACCGGACAUUUGGAAAACGCUCUGCGUUUAUACAAUAAGCUCGGCUUGUCCCGCGAGGCUGAUCGCGCCAGAAGUAUCGCGGGAGUAUCUACAGGUCAAGAAAGAAUCGAAGACUAUUUCGAGUUGCUUUCGCGAUGCGGCGAGCGCGACGAACACGCGACGCUCAAGGUCUGCCUGUGGAAAUGCCGCAGAGAGCCAUUUUGGACUGACGAGAUACACGACGAGAAGUCGGACACAGAGGCUUUGUACGAAACAUCGGAGGACACGGUCUCUUCGUCGCAAUCCUCCCCUAUCAACAAUUGAUUGCAUCGCGAGAUUAAAGAGAACUCCGCACGAUUCAACAUUUAUCUAUACAAGUAUUUCCUUCGUUUUGUUUUCUUUUUUUUCUCCGUACAAUUUAUAUUCGAGUAACGUCGCAUAUAAAUAUAAGAAUAUUAAGUCCGUCGAGAAACGCCGAGGGUGGUGAUUUUCUUUUUAAGUCGUGUAUCGAAUGAAAACGUUUCGUAGCUUACAAUGUCGCAUGAAUUCGUACCACUAGCGAGUAAACAAAAUAAAAAAUACCGGGAAUUGCUAAACACAAGGAGUUCUAAGUGUCUCGAUUUAUCGUUCGAUAAAAAGCAACGAUUAGUCGAUAAAAAUCAUUGAUACUAAACAACCACUGCUACUUACAAAAGCAAAGAAAUUAAUAAAGACGACUUUUGCUCUCCGCUAAUAUUGUUUCGU